AAGCCAAAAAAAACGUGGGUCGUCCCGUCUUUCUUAAGGGUUUUUGGUUUUUAGGCGUUUCGGAGAGAUAGAAGAGAGAGAAAAGAAAGAGAGAUUGAGAGUUUGCUUGUGGUGAGAGGAGAUCGCCAUCGUGUGGGUAGCGUUUCAGACAAGUAAAAAAAAUAAAAAAAAAUAAAAAGAGUUUCCGUCACUUUCUCGGGAAAACGCAUGUGUUAAGAAGACGAAGGGGGUUUUGGUGUCUUGAAAUAUUCGUUGGUUGGUGUAGUGCUAAACCCAUUGAAACACUAAAGCAUACUCCUGUGUUAUGCAUUCUGAGAAAUGGUGUCGCAUAAGUGUGUAGAAGAGUUCUCUUUACAGUUCCCUGCCAAUGCUCGAGCCCCCAGAUCCGCUAGGAAGAGGCGCAGCUUCAAGGAGGAGGAGAUAAGUGAAAAUGAUAGAACGUGUGCGAUUGAUCUACUGGCCACCGUAGCUGAAAACUUGCUGUCCGAGAGUGAAGGAGAUCAUUGUCUCGUGACACAAAUCCACAGCGUGAAGGAGGAGUUCCCUGUGGAAGAAAAGCCUGCUACUUUACCCGAUGUUGGUCCUUAUCAGGGUUCAAUGAGCCCUUGUGGAUUCAGUUCUGUGAUUAAUGGCAAAGUAGAGAUUGAGGCUGAGGGUUUUAGCAACUCUGGUGCUGUAGUUCUGGAUGCGAGACCUAAUGGUGUAGGUAGUUUAGGUGGUGGUAGUAUUACUAGUAGAACCAAAGUGCCUUCAAUGGGGGCUGCUGCUGCUUCCCGUGGUGCUUUGGAUGAUGUAAAUAUGUUUAGUAGAGAUGAUGAUGAAAACUUUUCUGGGUAUAUAUGCCCUCGUGUUACCAAAAAGUCACCUAGAUCUGUGCCGCGUGUUGGAGACAGAAGAAUCAGGAAGAUAUUGGCUUCUAGACACUGGAAAGGAGGUUCAAGACAUUCAGAAGCAAAAUCAUGGAGAAGUUAUUACUUGCACCAUCAGAGGAGCUAUCCUAUCAAGAAAAGGAAAUACUUUGAACACAUUUCUGAUUCUGUGUCUGAUGAUUAUCGUCUGCGCUCUAAGAUGCAAAGAGGCAGCAGAACUGUUACUACUAUGAAAGGUCCAGGUGCAUCCUUUGUCUCAAGCGACUCUCAUGUGAGACUGCGAAUCAAGUCAUUCAGGGUGCCUGAGCUAUUUGUAGAGAUUCCAGAAACCGCUACUGUUGGCUCCUUGAAGAGAAUGGUGAUGGAAGCAGUGAGCACUUUAUUGAGUGAUGGACACAGAGUUGGUCUGAUGGUUCAAGGGAAGAAAGUCAGAGAUGAUAACAAAACACUUCAUCAGACUGGGAUCUCUCAGGAUAACACCCACUUGGACUCUCUUGAUUUCAGCCUUGAACCCAGCUCAGAAGCGCCUCAUCUGUUAUCUAGUAACCCGUUGGGACAUGUCUGCGAGGAACUGCCUAUAUGCCAUGCUUCUGACAUGGACACCGUGUUCAAAUCUGAGCAUGAUUUAGCACUGUACCCAUCUCACUCGUUUGACAAGGAAACCGCAACAGAUGUUUCCAAAGCUCUGGUUCCUGCUGCUGCCGCGCUCACCGAACUGUCUCCUCAACCGCCUCGUCAUAAAUCUAAGCAGCAGCAGCAGCAGCAGCAGACUGCACAGCGAAGAAUGCGUCGACCUUUCUCUGUUACUGAAGUAGAAGCACUUGUUCAAGCUGUUGAGAAACUCGGUACUGGAAGGUGGAGAGAUGUUAAGCAUAGUGCUUUCGAAGAUGCAGACCACCGCACUUACGUUGAUCUCAAGGACAAGUGGAAAACGCUGGUCCAUACAGCUAAGAUAUCGCCACAGCAGAGGAGAGGAGAGCCAGUGCCGCAGGAACUUCUAAACCGUGUCCUGAACGCUCACGGCUACUGGUCACAGCAACACAUGGAGACAACACUGGCUCUGCCUAAACCAGAGUCUGUGCUGCUUCUCUAAUCAAAUGUGCUUUGCAGAUCCUCUCUCUCUCUCUAUCUAUCUCUCUCCCCUUUGUGUAUUGUUGUAAGAUUCUGACGACAUAGAUGCACAAAUUUAGUAUCUGACUUGUCUCUUUGGUUUUUAUUUCUUUUCUUUUUUUAACUUUCUCAAUGUAAAGUUUUAAUUGGAAUAAGGUGGAUGUUCCUGACCAAUUUAGGGCUUUUUUUUUUGUUUUGUACAUGGUCUGUUUACAUUCUCAGUUUCUUUCUAAGACUUCUUUUAACUCUCA